CAAUCCUGAACGCCUCUGAGCGUGGGACAUCAAGGCUCCACAUAGCCGGAAAUGCCCAUCAUGAUCUGGGUGCAGUUAGACCCUCUGAGUAUCGGGUCCCGAAUUGGAUGGGUGUGGCAGCCGUUACUUGUACUGUGGAAGAGGCUCGUUGAGGAAUUGAGCUGAGAAGGUCCAAAAUUUUGGCACAGAUCUUGGCCUCCUCCCCAUCGACUCCUGAACUCCUGCCUGGAUGCUGUGUGAGCAGGUCCGCCAGUUUGGGAGGAAGCUGGUGCGGAGGCGGCCCCUGGUGCCCAGCACGGGGGCUGGGAGCCGCCUGGCCCGUUGCCUGGACACCCUAGAUCUGGUGGCCCUGGGCGUGGGCAGCACCCUGGGAGCAGGCGUGUAUGUCCUGGCUGGCGAGGUGGCCAAGGACAAAGCUGGGCCCGCGAUCAUCAUCUGCUUCUUGGUGGCCGCCAUGUCUUCUGUGCUGUCCGGGCUCUGCUACGCGGAGUUUGGGGCCCGCGUGCCGGGCUCCGGCUCAGCCUAUCUCUACAGCUAUGUCACAGUGGGACAGUUGUGUGCUUUCAUCACUGGCUGGAACCUCAUACUCUCCUAUGUCAUUGGCACUGCCAGCGUGGCCAGGGCCUGGAGCUCCGCCUUCGACAGCCUGGUUGGGAACCGUGUCCUGCAGGUGCUGCGGGAAACUCUCGUUCUGCACGUCCCCCACGUGCUGGCCACGCACCUGGACUUCUUCGCGCUGGGCCUGGUGCUGCUGCUCACUGGACUCCUGGUUCUGGGAGCUAGCGAGUCGGCCCUGGUCACCAAGAUCUUCACGGGCGUGAACCUUUUGGUUCUCAGCUUUGUCAUUCUCUGCGGCUUCAUUAAGGGAGAUCUGCACCAUUGGCAGCUCACUGAACACGACUACAAACUGGCCAUCUCCGAAACCAACGACACUUCUAGCUUGGGCCCUCUGGGCUCUGGAGGGUUUAUGCCCUUCGGUAUUGAGGGGAUUCUCCAUGGAGCAGCUACGUGUUUCUACGCGUUCAUUGGUUUCGAUUGCAUUGCCACCACAGGGGAGGAAGCCCGUGACCCCCAACGAUCCAUCCCCUUGGGCAUCAUAAUCUCGCUCUUCAUCUGCUUUUUGGCGUAUUUUGGUGUCUCGGCAGCACUCACCCUCAUGAUGCCCUACUACCAGAUUCAUGCCAGCAGCCCCUUGCCACAGGCGUUUCUCUACGUAGGGUGGGACCCGGCCAGAUACACUGUGGCUGCCGGAACCCUCUGUGCCCUUUCAUCCAGCCUGCUGGGUACCAUGUUCCCCAUACCUCGAGUGAUCUAUGCAAUGGCAAAUGAUGGACUUCUCUUCCGGGGCCUCGCCUGGAUUCAUCCUCGCACACGUACCCCCAUUGUGGCCACUAUCGUGUCUGGAACUUUUGCAGCAUUGAUGGCAUUCCUCUUUGAGCUCACUGAUCUUGUGGACCUGAUGUCAACUGGGACCUUGCUUGCUUACUCCCUGGUGGUCUUUUCUGUCCUUGUCCUCAGGUACCAGCCAGACCAGACUUUAAGCAAGCACGAGAAAACAGAGAUGGAAAUAAUUGCGAUAAAGCCUGCACUUGAAGCAAGUUCUUUGGAAUCUGUACCUAAAGCGGGAACCUCACGGACCACGACCGGUCUGCACAACCCUGCCAGCACCACCCCUACUCGGAAGUCUGGCCGGAUCGUGUACGGGUGCGCCCUGCUGCUUGCUCCCUUGCUGACCGCCCUGUGCCUGAUGCUGGCCGAGUGGCCUAGCCAUCUGCUCUCUGGAGACCCGGCAUAUACUACAGGGGCUGGGCUGCUGCUGCUGCUCAUUUUUGGGCUCACUUUCAUCAUCUGGAGACAGCCCCAGAACCCCACUCCUCUCCACUUCAGGGUCCCUGCGUUGCCCAUGCUCCCGCUGGUGAGCAUCUUUGUGAAUGUUUACCUGAUGAUGCAGAUGACCGCCGAGACCUGGGCCCGAUUUGGCCUCUGGAUGGUGAUCGGAUUUGCUAUAUACUUUGGAUAUGGGAUCCGACACAGCUUGGAGAGCAGUGAUCAACAGCCACCAGCCUCAAGCUCCCAAACUUUUGACAGAAACACCCCCGGUGCUGAAUUAGCUUAACCACAGGGCAGAGAUGCCGUGUAGAAUCCCUCCACACACUGGAGGUAGCUUCUGGUUCAAGGGACACUCUGAGCCUCUACGAGUAUGAAGGUAGGAUGCACUCAGAGCACUGUAUUUAUUUCCAGGGGGCAAAAAUGCCUUUACUCUUAUUUUUUAAGUAAACUUUUAAAAGAAUAUACACACAAAAUUGCUUGCUUCAUAAAUGUGCAGCAAGAUGAAUUUUCACAAAGCACCAGGAACAUACUCAGCAACCAGAGGGACAAAUAAA